AACUCCCUCUAUUGCUAUUGUUUCACCCUUUGCUUUGUUUUGGCAUUGCUUUUUGACUUCUUAUGAUCAGAAAAUAAAAAGCAAAAAAGCAAAAAAAGAAAAAAACUUUUUUUCCUUGAAACUACAGGGCUAUGAGCUUCUUUAUUAGCUUUUGAGGUUGUGAAUGAUAAAGGGUCUUUGUUAGAUUCGGAUUCUUGUGGUGAAUUUUCAUCCUGAGCUUUUUGACAUUGACUCUGUUGAAGGUUUUUGUUUCCUUGGAACGUUGUUACAUAGAUUCGCACAUCAUGCGGGCACCAUCAUUGCUUGCGCAGUGUUUGCCUGGGUUGGUGCCCAAUGUCAAAGGAAGUCACAGCUUGACCUCCAUUUCAGAGAGAGAUUUACAUCUCCCUUCACCAGCUGUUGAGAUUCUCCCUUCAAAGACAGCUCACCCGUACAAGUAUGCUGGGGAGAAUGUUGACCUCCAAGGACUCCAUGUUUUCAAGGGAAGAGUUAGCGUUGCUGAUAUCAUUGGGUUUAAUGGUUCAGAAAUGAUAUGUACAAAACCUGAUGGGUAUCUAAAAUCCUGGGAUAGCUCUAUUGAUCUUGUUAAUGUCCUUAAGCAUGAGAUUCGUGAUGGGCAAUUGAGUUUUCGAGGUAAAAGAGUACUUGAGCUGGGUAGCAGCUAUGGACUGCCCGGGAUUUUUGCUUGCUUGAAGGGAGCUUGCACGGUGCAUUUUCAAGACCUUAAUGCAGAAACUAUAAGAUGCACAACAAUACCUAAUGUCCUUGCCAAUCUUGAGCAAGCUCGAGAGAGGCAGAGCCGACAGCCUGAGAGUCCCCUUACUCCAUCGAGACAAACUCUGGCUCCUUCAGUGCACUUUUAUGCCGGUGACUGGGAAGAACUUCCCACAGUUCUAUCUGUUGUGAGGAAUGAUGGGUUUGAAGUGACAACAGGUAUGAGCCAGAGCUUUUCUGAGGAGGAUUUUAUGGAGGGAUGUAGUAGCCAAGAUGGUAGCAUCAUGGGACAAGAAUCUUCCUUGAGGCGAUCAAGGAAGCUCUCAGGAAGCCGAGCGUGGGAGAGGGCCAGCGAGACAGAUCAGGGGGAAGGCGGAUAUGAUAUUAUUUUGAUGACGGAAAUUCCUUACUCAUUAACCUCAUUGAGGAAGAUUUAUUCACUCAUAAAAAAGUGUUUGAGGCCUCCAUAUGGGAUAGCAUACCUGGCCACAAAGAAGAAUUAUGUUGGUUUCAACAGCGGAACUCGGCAUCUCAGAAAUCUGGUAGAUGAAGAAGGCAUUUUUGGAGCACACUUAGUGAAGGAGAUCGGAGAAAGAGAUAUUUGGAAAUUUUUUCUCAAGUGAAAGCAAGUAUAGAAAUCGUCAUCAAAUUUACUAAUAAAUUCUAUUACAAGAUUGCCAUUCGAUAUAAUAUAAAUAUUUUUUUUUAAUCUUUUUGUAUGAUAGAAAAUCACAGCUACCCCAAUUCCCCUUUUUUUCUUUUUUUGUACUUUUUCGCUUUGCAGUUUGUAAUGGAGUGAAACCUUAAGGUGUAUUAUUUUUUGAACAGAUAAGCCUAAAGGUAUACUGCCAUGCCUUGGUGUCAUAUCUUUCCCUUUUGCUCAUUUGAUUUUACAUUUUUUGAUUUACUGUAAAUCAAAAACUUUGUUAAUUCAGCAUUGAAAUUAAUGCUCUGAGAGAUUUUUUUUGUUGUUCAGAUUUACUUUGCUUUCU